CCCAGGCCAUAAUUAACAGCUUUAUAUGGGAGAACAAGAGAGCGAGGGUAGCAGGUCACACCCUGUACAGACUGUUCCAGAUGGGAGGAAUGGGGGUACCGCAUGUGGCCACAUAUCGCUUAGCAGCCAUACUAACCCAAGCAGUAAAUCUCCAUGCAGAUGAAGGUCAACUACUUUGGGUCGACAUGGAACGCAAAAUAUGGCCUAAUGAGACCCUCCUGGAGUAUAUGUGGUCCCCACCAACCAAACAGAGGAAGACACGCACACUCCUUUCCACAACAAAACUGACCGUAUACAUAUGGGAUAGGUUUCGAGCCAUUCAGUCUAAGACUCCUAGAUUCCAUAGACUGGCUUCAUUAAACGUCAUGUCCACAGUUUUACCAUGGCUCCCACUAUCCAAAUGUGCAGAAGCGGCCAUCACUAAAAUAUUCCAAGUAUUUACAG